AGCUGUCAAACCGAGUCCGAACGGCGGCCGGCGCGAACGUACUUCGACGAACUCACAAGUCUCGUCGUUCGCGGUGACAGUGUGUGCUCGCGCUAUACGACUCGCAUGACGGUAAACAUCGGAGGGAGAUGAACGGCACCACGACGACGGUGAACGGCGGCGCCGUCAACGGUACCGCCGGCGCUCUCAACGGGCUCGCAGCGGCGCCUCGCACAGCCACGCUCGGAACUCCUGGCGGCUAUGCGUACACGUCCAGCGGGUCAUUGCUGGGGCGCGGGGGUUCAGCACGUCCGGUGCCGCCGCCCACAUUGCCCAAGUACAGCGGCUCCUUCAGCGCCGGCAGCACGCUCAGCGCAACCGGGCUGCGCGAGCGCGACCGGGAGGGUGCCGGCGGCUCUCACCGCCUCGCCAGCCUCGAGCGGCUCGCCCUGCGGCAGCGCAUCAUAGAGCAGAGCGCUAACAAUCAGGUGGCUAGCGCGACCUCCCUCAAUGCGACUGCGACCACGAGCAAUGGACCUACCGCGGCCACUGCCACCCUCACCGACACUGCCACGUUACAAAGUAAACGUGAGCUGUUCUUCAAGUCGGAGUCAGUGAGCGGCAGCGCGGGCCUUCCGAGCGGUGCGCCCCCCGCACCUCCCGUCGCACCCUCCGCGCUCAAGGAUGCGCUGGCCAAGAGGUCCGCGACUUUGCCCGACGCCCUCGAAAACAACCACCAUGAGCCUAAUGGGAUCAAGAUCAACAGCACGCUGGAUACCGGCAAGGCUGCGCCGCCGCAGAUGCCCGCUCCCCCGCCACCCACUACAGCGCCGCCAUCAUCUCUUAGGAAUAUAGACAAUAUUAAGAAACCCGAGCAUCCUCCAGUUGCUCCAAAACCGGAAUUACCUAAGAUAGAGAAACCAAAGACCAAAGAACUAGAUGGUUACGUGGGCUUCGCGAAUCUCCCCAACCAGGUGUACAGGAAGGCUGUGAAAAAAGGGUUUGAGUUCACACUUAUGGUUGUUGGUGAAACAGGCCUCGGCAAAUCGACGUUAAUAAACUCGUUGUUUCUGACCGAGGUGUACGACAGAGACAAACAUCCAGGGCCGUCGUUGCGGGUCAAGAAGACAGUGGGAGUGGAGACGAGCGUCGUUUUACUUAAAGAAAACGGAGUCAAUUUAACACUAACGAUCGUCGAUACACCUGGAUUCGGUGAUGCUGUCGACAACAGCAAUUGUUGGCAACCGAUAAUCGACUUCGUGGAAUCAAAAUACGAGGAGUUUUUGAACGCGGAGUCGCGCGUGACGCGCAAGGCGGCGCCGCCCGACACGCGCGUGCACUGCUGCCUGUACUUCAUCGCGCCCAGCGGACACGGCCUCAAGCCGCUCGACGUCGAGUUCAUGCAGCGGCUCGGCGACAAGGUCAACAUCAUACCGGUCAUCGCUAAAGCGGACACCAUGACCCCGGAGGAGUGCAAGGACUUUAAGGAACAGAUAAUGAAGGAGAUCGCGCAACACAAGAUCAAGAUCUACGAGUUCCCGGAGUGCGGGGGCGGGGCGGGCGGGGCGAGCGUGGCGGGCGGCGCGGGGGAGGAGGGCGAGGGCGCGGAGGCGACGCGCUCGCUGAAGGCGCGCGUGCCCUUCGCCGUCGUGGGCGCUAACACCGUCAUCGAGGCCGAGGGAAGGCGCAUUCGCGGCCGCAAGUACCCCUGGGGCAUCGCUGAAGUGGAGAAUCUGGAGCACUGCGAUUUCCUAGCGCUUCGCAACAUGGUGAUCAGGACUCACCUCCAGGACCUGAAGGAUGUGACGAGCUCCGUGCACUACGAGAACUACCGCUGCCGCAAGCUGGCCGGCCUCUCGCACGACGGCAAGCCGCACAGGAUCAACUCCAACAAGAAUCCGUUAGCUCAAAUGGAAGAGGAAAAACGAGAGCACGAUCUUAAAAUGAAGACAAUGGAAAGCGAAAUGGAACAGGUGUUCGAGAUGAAGGUGCGCGAGAAGCGCGCCAAGCUGAAGGAGUCGGAGGCGGAGCUGGCGCGGCGGCACGAGGCGACGCGGCGCGCGCUGGAGGCGCAGGCGCACGAGCUGGAGGAGCGCCAGCGCGCGCUGCACGCCGAGCGCGCCGCCUGGGAGCGCGACACCGGCCUCUCGCUCGACGACCUGCGCCGCCGCUCGCUCGAGGCCAACAGCAAGGAGACCGUAGAUGGAAAGGAUAAGAAGGAUAAAAAAAAGAAAGGUUUGUUCUAGGCCUCCGACUUAUGGCGUCGGCCUCGCACCCACCGUACGUAACACACGUGUGACUAACCUGUCGCCAUUGUGCCACACGACACGACACGACACGACUAUUUACAAUGGAUACUUUUAAUAUUUUCUCCUAAUCACUGUUUAACUUACGUACUUCUUUGGCAUCGGUUAUUGUACAAGGUGCCGGUGUUGUAAUAUGGUAACAAAAUUAUUUUUUACCACUUACCAAAGAUUUUAAUACAUAGAUAGGUGUUUACUAAUUAGUAAAAUAGCACAUAAAUUAACAAAAUAAACCAACUUCUUCACCAUAUGAGAACAAAAAUAUGUUUCUUUUCUUUAUUUUCACAUAGUUUCUUUUAAUUUGUAAUUUCUAGUUGAUGAGUGUUGAGUAUUAUACAAAGGCCUAUCUAUGUGUAAGAAUCUUAUUCUUCAUUCAAUGUGUGUCUUCAACUUGUAUAGACACGUGACGUCAGACGUCACAUGACGUCAUUCACAGCGCCGAGUGUCAUUUUGUAUUAAAUCGUGUUGUCCCUCGACUCACAAAUCGCUUCCCACUAACUCGUGUAUAAAAUGUACCUUUUUAAAACUUUAAUAUUUCCGCGUUAGCUCAAUGAGAUUUUAAGAGAUUUGAUUGUUAUCUAUUAACUAAAAUUCUUGAACAUAGUGCCAUUGUCUGAAUAGUGACGAUUGUUGUAUCUCGUUAACUGUUUUACUCGCUAAGUAUGUAAACUCUAUGUACAAUACUAGACGCACGGACUAUAUACAACGAGGGAGGGAAGAUAAAGGGAGCUAAAUGUCGACUACAUUUUUAUUCGCUUAAUAGCAAGGAAUACAUAUUUGAAUAUUGACUUGUCGGGAAUUCUCUCGUGUUGAAAAUUGACAAUGAUACAAUAUUUACUAAAACAUGGUUAACCAUUUUAAAUCCUAGUAGUACGAGCCCCCCCUUGCUAUCAGAUGACGUCACGUCGUAAUAAUGUCACAGUAUGAUACGUCAGGAAUAUAUUAGUCUAAUGACGUCACGAUAUAACUGUGAUGACGUCACGACGUGAUAGAAUCUCAGAGCGCAGUCUGGCCCUCUGUGUAUGGUCCGGGCGUUAAAUUAUAUGUCAUUUAAUUUUGAAAUUGUGCUUAUAAUGGGAAAAACAUUCACUAAUCAAAGGGAUCUGUUUUAUACUUUGUAUAUAGUAUAGUAUUUGCUAAUUCUUUUAGUUUAAGUUAUUUAAGAAGUGAUAAACAUUUGGUAUUUUACAAGCGAUGAAUUUUGUACGACAUUCGAAAUUAUUCUAUGUCAUUUGGACCAAAUAGUAGUUUACACAAACUAUUGUAAUCUUGGUCCGGAUUUGCUGUUGUCUUAAAUAUAUUUUUUAAAGUUCACCUGAGUUCUUAAAUUUGUAGUUGUAAGUUGGUAUUUUUUUUGCAAAAUUUUGUGGGCCAUUAUUUAUUUAUUAUUCCAUUAAACCUUAAGUUUUCGGAAAUGUAUUUAUUAUUCAUAUGUACGAUGAAAGUUCGGGUUAAGCAUUUGCUAAGAUUGUACAAAUUAAUGGAGAAAAUUCGAUUCGAGACUUCGACUUUGUGAUCCAGGGCAUCGAGGGCUUAUUAUUAUUGAAUUUCUUUUUCAGAUUGGUCUUUUAAAAGUGUUGCAACAGGAAUAGUGUUGUAGUGAUCUGCACAAGUUAAAACAAUCUUCAUACACAAAUGUACUCGAACAACGACCACAAAGACUAUCGGACACAUCGGACAUAAAAGUACCUUUUAUCCAGCAGUGUUCGUUUAAACUUUGUAUUAUGUAAGACGUUUUCCAUGACAAAGCAUUUAUUUAAUAAGUUUGGCCUAAUUUUAUAUGACAUUUCCAUCAAGAAGUAAUUUUUAGCAAGGUUUGUGUGCGCAGCAAUCGGUCAACACAACUUCAAAGGCAGAAUCGCACGAUCUUUGACUUGACAAACGUCCACAAUGUUGCCAAAGUAGCUUGUAAUUGGUCAGCUUUAAGCGACUAAAGGCGCGGCCACAUCGGAGCGUAUUAGUAUUCGUUAGUACACACGAGCGAUAGUAAAUCGUAUAUCUUUUGAAAAGAUAUUCGCGGCCGAUGUGGCCAAACGUUUAAGGUACGGAAUUUGAUCGUAAAGCAAGACGCCACCAAUAUCGUUUACGGCUCAGCUCAAAGUUAAAUAAUAAUUAGGCACUUUUGAAAUUUCAAUAAGAUAGUUAAAGUAAUUGACGCUAGCGAUUUAUGCAUACGAGUUUGAAAUAUCGAUUUCAUGAUGAUAGAAUUUAUUGCAUUGUAGGUUUUUCGAAUAAUAUCGCAUUUAGGAAAUACACAAUUCUAAAUUUUGAUGUGGUUUCGACUUUUUUACUAUUUAGGUGCGGGUUUUUUCCGCUUGAUCGGUGCAAAUGAAUGCCUAAGAGAUUAUCAAAAUUGGUAACCGUUAUAACUCGGUAUUGGGAUGAUUAUUCGAUGUUGGUUAACAUCGAUAUUUGGCAUUGUAUAAGAAUCGAUUGUGUUAGUAUCAAUGUGAAGGCAACAUCGGUGAUUUGUACUAGAUAUAUCGUGCUUAGUGAUAUUAAUGUAUGCUCAUAGGUCAGUUGUGAGAUAGGCUCUAGCUAGAUGUUAGCGUUUCAUUGUAUUCGUAAGGGGCCGAGGGCGAGGAGCUUCGCAACAAGCGUUGUUGCUUCAGUGCAGAGUUUGUCGAACAUAUUAGCAGGACGGAUAUCAUAUUCUAUCAUAAAUAACAUAUAUAUUAAAGGAUGUUUGUUUUAUAACUAUAUACUUUAUUGUAUACAUGUUUUAUUAAGAUUUUAUGUGUAAAUAUUUUCUUGUAAUCGUUCGAUUACUCGAAUUUCUAUUUGACAUGUUACUCAAUGAAACGUAAUUUAUGAAAUGCAUAAUCUUUAUUUAAUCUACAUGCCAUGGUUGAAUUCGUAUUAUUUCCUACACUACAGUAUUGACUUCCGCUAUUACAUUAGAAAUUUAGACAUUAAGGGAUAUGCUUAAUUUUGUAUUUUAUGUAGGGUGUUGACCCGUUUUACCAUACAGUUCAUUUGCUUAGUCAUUACAAAGGAUAUGACGAUAUGUUGGAGCGCAAUGAAGUUUGGACGAUGUAAUAUAUUGUACCUUUGAAUAAAUAUAAAUAAAUACGUAAUAUAUAGGAA